UUCUCCGUAUAUUCGGGGUUGGGUCAAAAGAUAGCUAGUCCCCAAGAUGGCGACGUGUUUUUAUUCUCCAGACGAACAAGAAGCUAUUAGAAGAAGUCGGCAGAUCGACAAGCAACUCCAGCAGGAGCGAAGAAGCCUAAAACAAGAAAUCAAGAUUCUGCUACUUGGUGCAGGUGAAUCUGGGAAGAGUACUUUCAUAAAACAGAUGCGAAUUCUCCAUGGCUCUGAUUACUCUGAAGCAGAUAGGCUGGACUUUAGGCACACCAUAUACCACAACAUGCUCAAAGGUACCAAGAUCUUAGUGGAGGCUAGAAGAAGGCUACAGAUUCCACUCCAAAACUCGAAAAACCAGGAGAAUGGUAAGGCUAUCUCCAGCUACCAUCGUGAGGGUGAGCUUUCAGAUGAAGACUUUCAACCGUAUGUGACUCCCCUGGACGAGCUUUGGAAGGAUGCAGGCAUACAGAGCACUGUCAAGCGAAGCAAUGAGUUCCAGUUGGGUGACUCGUUGACCUACUUCAUGAAGAACAUACAGAGAGUGGGACUACUGGGUUACCUUCCAUCGAGAGAAGAUGUCCUACACUCGAGAAAGGCCACUCGCGGUAUCCACGAGUAUAACAUCGAUAUCCGGGGCGUACCAUUCAGAUUCGUCGAUGUGGGCGGCCAACGAUCUCAGCGACAAAAAUGGUUUCAGUGUUUCGACGAAGUCACAUCGAUUCUUUUUCUCAUUUCGUCGAGUGCGUACGACCAGACACUGCUCGAGGAUCGAGUAACAAAUCGUCUUGUUGAGAGUGUCAACAUCUUUGACACGAUUGUCAACAACCGGUGUUUCCGUCAAGUCUCCAUCAUCCUGUUCUUCAACAAGACAGACUUACUCAUCGAUAAAAUCAAAGAGAAGAGUAUCAAAGACUACUUCCCUGAGUUUCCAGGCAAUCCUCGGAAGCUGGGGGACGUGCAGGACUUCUUAGUGAGUAUGUUCAACUCUGUUCGACAAGACAAGACGCAGGAGAUGUAUCGCCACUUCACCACCGCCACUGACACCGGGAACAUUAAAGUGGUCUUUAACAUAGUCAAAGACACUAUUUUGACCAAGCACAUUCAGGACAUCAUGCAGAUAUAAUAGAUUAGUUCUGUUGCUCGCCUAAUUUUAAAGCUGUGUUUUACCCUGUCUUUGUUCGUAUUGUUGCCCAACGAGACAAAACUACUCAAUUUGUACGUAUAGCUAGCAUGGUUUUAAAUUGUUGGCCGUUGCAGCCAUUUAUUUUAUAGUAUGACACCUGAUCUUCGUUUGUCUGUUUUGUGCUGUUUGCAUAUAAUUAUUAUUAUAAUUACAGAAAGAACAAA